AUGACGUCUGCUGGGUUUUAUACACUUGAGAAUGGGGCUCCAGAACUACUGGAGAUUUUAUACAAGACUGUCAAUGUCGAUAUUGAUAGCUCAAUACCUGUGUAUUUGGGUGAUUCUCAAAGGGAAAAUAUUCAUAUUGAAGCACAUGCUGAUCCUGUGGAACAUAAAGGAAUCCGUCUACAUCAUUGGGUUAUUGGGUCGAAUAAGACCCAUAUUACACCUAUUGAGAUUGUGGAUGAAAUUGGUAAAGUGGCCAAGCUCACGCCUCCUGAGAUGGUCUUUGGCAAGAAUCAAUUGAUAGUAUUCCAUGAACCAUCAGGAGUAUGUUAUAAUUUCUUGGCAGUUGAAGCUCUAAAAGGUGCACACUUUCCACCACCAAUUAGUGAUCAAGCACAGGACAUUGUGGCCAAUCAGCAGCUUAAGGUUGCGAAUGCUAAGCAUAACAUUAACAAGGAAGAAGUCAAAGAAUUGGACAUUACAUAUGACUGGACGUACUCAACUGACUACAAGGGAUCGUUGCAACGUUUCACGAAAGCAGACGGUUCACCUCUUACGUUUACGAAGAGUAAGGAAGAAGUAAAGCUCGAGCUUACGACCGAGCGCAUUGAUUUUGAAAAGCUCAGGGAACGAGAACCUAUUCUUUGGUUUGAAGAUGUUGGUCUGUAUGAGGAUGAACUUCAUGACCAUGGUACUUCCACCAUGUCUGUGAAAGUGCGCGUCAUGCCGUCAGGAUUUUAUGUACUUUCACGCUAUUGGAUGCGUCUGGAUCACGUUAUUGUGCGCUUGCACGAAACAAGAAUUCACCACCUCUUUGGCAGCGACCACUUUAUCCGUGAAUAUACGCGGAAAGAAGAGCAAUUCGACACGCUGUUCUCCAAGGGCCACCCGAAGAACAUGGCCAACUACACGAACAUUGACACUUUCCAGCACCUUUUACCUGUGCGCGAAGCUGUGUUUGAAAAGGUGUUGCUGCAGUAG